AGUCGUGUAGAUCCCUCAUAUAGCUAGCUACGAUACGGGGUAGCUUUCUCUCGAACUGGCCGGAAAUGGGUGUAAUUUAAUGUCUACAAUUAGCAGCAUUUAAUGCAAUGGAGAGGCUUUCAGCUUAUAUUUUCAUCGGUCUAUUGAGCUGUAUGCUGAUUGAAAGUCAUGUUUGUGUCCACAAACCACCGCAGCAAAACCAGGUAAAAUAUGGAGUUCAUCUUCCCCGGUCAAGUCAUCGAGGUGAAAGGAGUACAACCCAUAAACUCAGUGUUCAUGUGGAAUAUGACAUUUCAAUUGAUGCACUUUCAAUCAGAGAAUCAUCAUUAAUUAAGAGACUUUUGCCGGAAGCCCUAGAUUUUUUGUCAAACCUGCUAAGUGUAAAACAGAGUCUUUCAACAGUUCUACUCAACAGACAAUGUGCUGGAGAACAUUAUAUCAAGAAAGCUGAUGGUCAUGAAUACUGUAUCGGAGGAUGUGAUGAUUAUACAAUGUGUGGACCUGUAACAAUACCUCAUCAACAUUUACAGAUAUGUUAUGCAUGCAAUGCAGACCAGACAGACUGUGGUCCAGUUGGUAACACCAGUGCAGCAGGUGUAGGAAUCAGUUAUACCGAUUUCAUUCUUUAUGUCAGUGCAGUGGCAACUUAUGACUGUGCAGGAGCUGAUAUGAGUGCUCAUGCUUCCUACUGCCAGCUAGAGGCUGAAAUGGACAGACCUAUUGCUGGUUAUAUUAAUCUUUGUCCUCAUCAUUUGGCCACAGAGCUGUCUAAACACUAUACUCUACUUACUACCAUUCAGCAUGAAAUAAUCCAUGCACUGGGUUUCUCUGCUGCUCUCUAUGCAUUCUAUAGAGAUGAGAAUGGUCGACCUUUGACACCACGCAUGCCAUCAGGUCUCCCAGAAUUCAAUGCAACACUGGGUUUGUAUCAGUGGAGUGAGAAUGUGAUCCGCUCGGUGACAAGAACAGACUGGGAUGUCAGCCAAGGACAGAUAGAUUAUACUGUCAAGAUGCUUGUCACCAGGAAAGUUGUGGAGGAAGCAAGGGCUCACUUUCAGUGUCCGUCAUUGGAAGGUAUAGAAGUUGAAAAUCAUGGUGGUACAGGAACAGAGAUCACACAUUUUGAGAAGAGAUUACUAGCAAAUGAAGCUAUGACAGGAACCCACACCCAUGAGAGGAUCUUCUCUAGAUUAACUUUAGCAGUAAUGGAGGAUACAGGAUGGUAUGUACCAAACUAUGAUAGAGCAGAUCCACUCCAUUGGGGUCAAAAUCAAGGGUGUGGCUUCGCCAAGAAAAGUUGCAAAUACUGGAUGGAUACAAGAGUAAACAGAGGCGAAUCUAUCAAGCCAUACUGUAAUAUAAUGUCUCAGGAACCUUUUAGUCUAACAUGUGAUGUAGGGAGAGCUGCUGUAGCACUGUGCAAUCUUCAUGAAUAUUCUAGUGAUUUACCCAUAGAAUACCAGUACUUUACAUCUUUACCUGGUGUGAAUUCAUCUAGUUUAAGUAGAUUUGGAGGAUCAUCAGUUUUUGCAGAUUUCUGUCCAUUUUACCAGCAAUUUACCUAUCAGAUGGGUGAUGGGACAACACUUAAAGGCACAGUCUGUAGAGACCCUUUAAAUCAUCCAGGUAUGACAUCUAAUCUAGCAGCAGAGAACUAUGGUCAAGGAUCAUUGUGCAUAGAAUCUGUGUCAGCAUGGAAACGGCAACAAUGUCGGACCACCCAAACACAAAAGUCUACCGGGGCUGGUUGCUAUCAGGUAGUAUGUGAUAAUAGAGGAUUAACUAUUGUAGUGGAAGGAAUGAACUUCAUCUGUACCUCUCCGGGACAAAUCCUUAAUAUUGGAGUAGCAUCAAAUCAAUAUCUCCACACUGGUCAGUUAAUAUGUCCAGCGUGUGAAGAAAUAUGUCCAUCGUGUCCCUCGACAGCAGCCAUCUUAGAGCCGACACAAGGAUUGCCAGGUGAUGUUGGCGAGUGCCCAAGGUUACCGCCUGAUGCAGUAGGCCAUUGUGCAUUGUACUGUGAAUCUGAUAGAGAUUGUGGGAGAGGGGAAAAAUGUUGUUCCAAUGGGUGUGGGCGUGUCUGUCAAAAGGUUGUCUUCCAAUACCAGAAAGCUCCUGAGAUACCAUGCAGUUCCAGUGAAACAGUAUUGGCUCCUACGUUAGGCUUAUAUCUUCUACAAUGGCUGUUGAUGAAGCUGGCCUGUUUAUAGCAUCUAUGUGAGAUAUCCAAACAUUCCCAUAGUUAGAAAACACCUUUGCCCACCGCAUACUCCCUGAAGCCACAAGUCAUAUUGAAAUAUUACAAUAAAGACAAUUAUGAUUAAGACAGAAUGCUGAUUAAUAAGAUCUAUUCAAGAUUAUGUCACAUCUGGCAACCCAUAGAAAGCUUAAUGCUGGCAAUCCAUAGUAAGAUUACUGCUGUAAACAAUGUUUAACAUACCAACAAUUUGAAAUAUGACCCUUUAUGGCUGAUUGCUGCAAACCUUUUUUUGUAUUUGAUAAAUAUUAUUGUAUUCGACAUUCUUAAUUAAGUAAUAUGAUCUUAUGUAAUGGACAGGCAAUUUUUUUAUCAUGAAUGACCGACAGAAUCAAAUAGACACAUGUUAUUGAUCAUGUUCACUACUUAAUGAAUGGUGUUUUUAUCUAUUUAAAAAAAAUGUUAAUUAUUUGCUGACAUUUAUUCCACAUAUUUUUGUAGAUGUUUUUUGUUAAUAAUUGUUUCAAUAUUUCUUAUGUUAAAAAACUUUCAUAUUUUAAUGUCACCAUGAUCACUGUUAUGAUGUACAUACAUGUAUGAACAAUGUUGUUUUUUAACCUUGGACAUGAGUUUGAAAAAAACUACUUGAAAAUGACUAUGACAAUGAAGUGAUUUUAUAUUUGACUAACAGGGAUAGAUUCUGAAAAAUAUGUACUCAAAAUCUCAAAAGACCCAUGAAGCAUUUCCAUUUAUUAUUUUACAAAUGAA